CAAAACGAGGCAGGAAAGAAAAGGAUCGAACAAGGGCCUAAUCUACGCAAGUAAAGCGUUUGCGCAAGUGGAGGAAUUAAAAUAUUAGAAUCCGAUUCAAUCCAAAAUGAGCAAAGCCCAUCCACCAGAGCUUAAAAGGUAUAUGGACAAGCGAUUAACAUUAAAGCUGAAUGGUCACAGACAAGUGCAGGGCAUACUUCGAGGUUUUGAUCCAUUCAUGAAUCUGGUUAUGGAUGAGGCUGUAGAGUUGGCAUCAACUGGGGAACAUAAUAACAUUGGGAUGGUGGUAAUACGUGGUAACAGUGUUGUUUUAAUGGAGGCAUUAGACAGGGUAUAGAAGACUCAAUAGAAGAAGGACAAUCCAAAGAUGUGGAUCAGCUUCUAUGCUACACUCAAGCCACAUUGCUAAUUUGCCAUGUUUCCAUAUGAAGGAGAAAGGACAGAGCCUGUUUUGACUCGCUAUGAACCUUGAACAACUGAGAAAUUUCAGUAUUCCAUUAAUUGUAAUUCUUCUGAUAUUUCUUAGACCUUUUUACAGCA